AUGACAUGGUUUCAAGAAGGAGACAAGAAUUCCAAGUUCGUUCAUGCACAUGUAAAUGCAAGAAGGAAAGUACUACAUCUCAGGAGAAUUCAAAACUCUCAGGGUCAAUCGCUUGAAACUGAGGAGGAGAUUGCUGAGAAGGCUGUUAGAUUCUACCAAGCACAAUUUCAGGAAAAUAAUGUUCCUACUCAGUUUGACAUAUUGCAGCAUGUUCCUAAACUUAUUACAAGAGAGCAAAAUGAUAAUUUGACCGCUAAUCUUACCAAAGAAGAAGUUAAGAUUGCAGUAUUUGGAUUGAAUAAUGCAAGUGCUGGUGGACCUGAUGGCUUCACUGAUUUUGUGAGGGGUAGAAGUAUAGUGGAUAAUAUAUUGUUGACUCAAGAGAUAAUUACUGAUAUUAGGCUUAGAACUAAUAAAGGUAAGAAGAUUGCCAAUGCUGCUGUUCGUAAUGUUGUGAUGAAGUUGGACAUGACAAAAGCUUAUGAUAGGAUGUCAUGGAUAUUUCUCACAAAUGUGAUGAGGAAAAUAGGAUUUUGUGAGAUGUUCAUCAGUUUCAUUUAUGAAUUGGUUGGGAAUAACUGGUAUUCAGUACUUAUUAAUGGUCAGCCACAUGGUUUCUUUCAUUCAACUAGAGGUAUAAAGCAAGGUGAUCCUUUGUCACCUACUCUAUUCAUUCUAGGAGCUGAAGUGUUAUCAAGGGCGUUGAAUUCAUUGCAUUAUAACUUGUGGUUCAUUGGAUUUGGAUUGCCUAAAUAG